AUGAUCGCUGCGGCGAGAAAUGGCUACAUCGAGGCGGUGAGAGUGUUAAUGCUUGAAAUCAUCAGCGCACAGACGGGGAAACUGGACUAUGCAAGUCGCCAGGUCCUGACAAAAGCUGCCUCUGCUGCUGGUUCAAAUGGUCAUCUGGUUGUGGUGGAGUUGCUGUUGCUGGAAAUUGAAGCGGACGACGAGCGUGAAGACGAGCGUGAAGAGGAAAGCGACUAUGACAGUGGCGAUGACGAGCUCGCUCCAUCACAUAAAGCGGCGUGGGAAAUUCCCGAAGAAGCAUCUGCCCAUGGACAUCUUUAG